CAUAGUACUCUCCUUUCACUAACCACUAUUCAUCACCAUCUAGGAUACAUUUACACAAACCCACGUAGGUAGACAGAGCACCAUCCUAGUGGACUGAAGAGUUGGCUUUUGGCUGAAAGAUAGAGAUAUAUGUUACAUUACCCUGGAAAGACAGAGAAAGUGGGAAUCUGUAGCAGUGCAGUUGAACUUGAAGUUUCUUCUCCACUACGUUUUUUGUACCACAGGAUACCACACGCAGCUGCAGAGGCUAGCAAUUCCAACUGUAGCAAACACAAGUCGAUGACUGAGAUCUUCGCCUCCCAUGAUGGACAAGAAAAGUGCCAACGGCUUUCAGACCAAGGCCAGUGAGGGUGGUGUUCAGAGGAAGCAGCUACCAUACUCAGUGGAGACUCCUUAUGGCUUCCACCUGGACCUGGACUUCCUCAAGUAUGUUGACGAUAUUGAAAAAGGCAACACCAUCAAAAGGGUCCACAUCCAGCGCAGGGUCAAGGGCCCACCAAAAUUCAGCACACUGCCUAGAAAUUUCAGCCUUCCAGGGCAUGGAGCCAGACCUGCCUCUAAGGAAAAGGACAGCACAUGGACUGGGACAUCCACCUUGGGACCCAAGCCUAAAUCACGGGUGACAGAGGUCCAACAAAUCUUUGACUUCAGGGGAAGUGAAGGGGGAACUUCUAGCCAGAGCAGCAGGGGGACAAGCAGUCAGGGAAGUGGUUAUGUUUCUGUUAAGCCCAGAGAUGAAGUAGGCGCAGGGCCUCGAGGUGUUGAAGAGAAAACUGUGGGGAUUCAAGGUCGGCCAAACUUGCUCCGAGCAUCGAGCAUGCCAAUUACCCUACAGCAGCGGAAAGGCUCUGAUUCAAGCAGUCCGGACCGUAUUGUGGGAACACCAGAGAAUGGCUCAACAGAGAACAUGUUCCGUGCUUCACCGGACAUAACAGAAAGACGUUGCGUUCCCCAGGAUCGAGCAGGCCUUCACCAGCAGAUCACAGUGGCAUUGAAGAGGGUCAGAGAGCUGGAAGAGCAGGUCAAAACCAUCCCUGAACUAAAGGCUCAGAUCUGCUCGUUGAGGGAGGAGAGGGAGCAGUUGCUGUUACAGCUCCAAGCCCAGGCCCAAGCACAGAUAUCCAGAUCACCCACUUCAGCAGCCCCAAGUUCUGAUGCUGGGAGACAUACUCAGGCACCAGGACACAAACCCUUAGGAGGGCUCAACUUAGCUCUGAUGACUCAGCCUACUGGUGUGACAGAGAAAAGCAGAUUGUUACAAAAAGAGAGAGAGAGUUCCUCAGCACAUGGAAAAAUGGGUGGGUUGUCAGCACAGGAAUCAGAGAGACAAACACAGCCGUCAGAAACAUCAGACAAACAAAAAGAGACAUUAGAGAGUCCAUUGGAGCAUGCAGUGCAAGAGCUAUCACGGGACAUAGCAGGACAGGAAUUAACAUCACUUAAGAUGGCUAUAAAAGACACAGGAACUAGCAGUAUUCAAGAUGGUAAUACAGAAAGAGCAAGAAAACAUGAGGACCAAGACAGUCUGCAGAUUCUGCAAGAGAAGCUAAUGAUACUGGAGUCUAAACUUACUCAGGCUAGCCAAGAGCUGGAGAGGACUAACCAUCUUUUGAAAGAACAAAUAGAGGAGAACAAGGUAAAAGAAGAGAGAAUACUACAACUGAGCGAGGGAAUGAGAGUGCAGGUUUGUACUACAGAAGGGUACAGCAGGCCAAGAAGAGAAAGCAUUGACACAGGAACAGAAACAGAGAGAGUAGAUUUUGCCAAUCAAGAGACAGAGACAGAGUCACCUGGUACAGUAGAUCAGGGUACAGAUACAGAUAGAAUCUGUGUUGAAGUGUGUGUACCCAAAGCAAGGACUGGAAGUGUAGAUCAAGUAACGGAAACUAAUGUCAAAACACAUGACCAGGUGACAGAGAUGGAGGCAGAAGUAACUGCAGUGAGCCCACCAAGACCCAGGGCCAACAGCAUGGAGCGGGGCACAGUAACUGAGAGGAUUGCCACUCAAGAUCAGAUGACUGAGACGCCAGUGGCUGAAAGGGUAAACCAAGUUACAGAAACAGAGGGAGAGACAGUGACAGACCAUCCACAGAGACCAAGAGCUAGCAGUGUAGACCGAGGGACAGAGACAGAGAGGGUGGACACCGUUGACAGGGUGACAGAGACAGAGGUAGCACAGAGGACUGACCAGCAGACAGAGACAGAGGUUGAAAGACGACAGGACAACAAUCCCUCAAGACAUGCAGAAGCAGAGAGUCAUGUAAGAGAACGUGCUAGCAGUGACAGACUGGAUGAUGUUGACACUGUGGUCAGUGAAAGAGUGGACGACAAGGAAACAGAUGAAAGAAUUCAAAGAGAUAGUGAAAGUUUGGUCAUGAAAGUUGUCACGGAGAGUUUGGCUGCAGUUCUAGAAAGUGGAAUUGAGCAAAAAAUGGUUUCAGAUAUUGUAAGUCAGAAUAAAAGGUGCACCAGUCCACCUGCUGCAACAGGAGAAAAUAAAGACUGUAUGACUGAAGCAAGUACAGCACAGAUUGACUCAGAAACAAAAGAAAUUACACACCCAGUGAGUGUAGAGACAGAAAUUGUUGAAACAAAGCAGAUUGCCCUGGGGAGUGUAGAGGAGAAACAAACAGCAGAGGGUGAGAUUGUAUGUGCAAAAAUCAAAGAAACCGUGGUUACUGACACGGUUGUAAUCGUAGCAGAGAAUACAGCUGUGAAGACAGUGGGCCCUGUAAGACCUCAGAGAGGCCGAAAGCCCUCAACAGAGCAGGCACAACCAUCACCUCCUCAACCUCAGGCUGCACCUGUCCGUCCUCGUAGGGGAUCCAGUGAAACUCAAGUCCAGCAGUCCUGGACAGCACCUCAGCUUGAGGCUCAUUCCCCAAAACAGCUCUCAGAACCACAAGCAAAACAUGAAGCCCCAUCUGUGUCUCAGGUUGAGGACGAGGCCCAAGCAAAGAGACCCCCUGGGGAGUCCAGUGAGGAAAAGUCUCUAUCACAACCUCAGGCUGAGACUCAGGGUCCAUCUCCAGGCUCCAGUGCAGCCCAAACCCGUCCCAAAUCCAUUCAAGCCCAGUCUCACCCUCAAACCUCUGUGACUUGGCGGAACUCAAAAGAGCUUAAAGCACCACAGAGGGGAUCCACUGUAUCACAACCUCCUAGUCGUGGAUUAGGAGAAUCCCAAACCCGCCCAACCCGUCAGGGGUCAAGUGAUGUGCAACUUCAGUCCCAGGGCUCUCGUAGAAGCUCCAGUGAGACUCAACCCCCUCACAAAGAUGCCAGUGAAACACAAUCCCUGCGCAGAGGCUCCAGUGAAACAGCCCAGCGUCGUGGUUCAAGUGAAGCCCAGACCUCUCGCCGGGACACUGGCGAGGCCCAACCUCCUCGCAGAGGCUCAAGUGAAACAGCCCAGCGUCGUGGUUCAAGUGAAGCCCAGGUCUCUCGUCGGGACACUGGCGAGGCCCAAGCUCCUCGCAGAGGCUCCAGUGAGUCACCAACCUCACCUGCAGCUUUGGGCCAAGUAGUAACCCGGUUAACAGGGCUUCUGGGGGAGCAGUGGGCACAGCUGGGGAGCAGCUCUGGAGCUCAACAGAUGGCCAGCCAGCAGGAGAGCCCCAGCACACAGAAACAGACAGCAGGGAAAAGAGCAGAGGCAGGAAAAGGAGCAACAGCCAAGCCUGCAGGGAAAGCAGUCCCUGCAGCAACAACAGGGAAACCAGCAGGAAAACCUGGUCCUUCCAAAAUGAGCUCUAUUCAGAGUCAACUGGUCAGCUCCCUCAGUGUCCUCUCUGCCUUCUACUCACCAGGCCAGAAAGCUGCUGCAGCCAGCAAACAGCAAGAACAAGGUCUCAAAUCUAUUAUGAAGAAAAAUGGUGUUGCUGACAAGCAGGGGAAUAAGGGAGCCAAGAAAAACCUGAAGUUUGUUGGGGUGAAUGGAGGCUAUGAGACAACAUCCAGUGAAGAGUCCAGUGGUGAUGAGAAGUCAAAGGUGGAGGUGGAGGAGGAGGACAGCUCAGAACCAGAAAUCGAGAAGGAAAAAGAGAAGGAGCCUCAAACAGCAGAGAAGCCUGAGGAGGCGGGAGAGAUCCAGGGAAAAGAUGCAGGGGACUCAGCUGAGGGAGGGGGUGCUGUGGCUGAAGAGAGGGAACAUGAGAGGGGCCUGAUGGAUCCAGAGAGCAGCGUGGAGCUCCAGGAGGAAGAGGCUGAAGGGGAGAAAGUGGACAAAGGGUUUAUAGAUGCUUGCCUCUAUGUAAAGGACCGUAUGGAAGAGGUUUCAUCCCCAGAUAAAGAAAUGCGUCAGGUUUUAGUGGUGCUCUACCAGGAGUGGUUCAGGGUUUCCAGUCAGAGAGACUCGCAGGCCGAUACUGUCAGACUAUACCUGCGACGAGUGGGCUUGACCACACCCACGCUCCUGCCAUAUGUUGUUAACUUGACAGAUGGCAACGGGAAUAUGGCCCUCCACUACAGUGUAUCACAUUCAAACUUCCCCGUGGUCAAACUGCUGUUGGAUACUGGUCUAUGUGAAACAGACAAUGUGAACAAGGCAGGCUAUACUCCAGUGAUGCUUGCUGCCCUAACAGCUGCUGAGAGCCCUGAUGAUCUGGAGGUGGCACAACAACUGCUGAGACUGGGGGACAUCAAUGCAUGCUCCAGACAGGCAGGUCAGACAGCUCUUAUGCUCGCAGUGAGCCACGGCCGCGUUGCCAUGGUGAAGCUGCUCCUGAGCUGUGGUGCAGAUGUAAAUGCCCAGGACCGCGAGGGAUCUACGGCCCUGAUGUGUGCCAGUGAACACGGACAUACACACAUUGCUCGCCUACUGCUGGAGACAGGCCGCUGUGACACCAGCCUCACAGAUAAGAAUGGUCAGACAGCACUGUCGGUGGCAGAGGGAGCCUCCCACCAAGACAUAAUUGACCUUCUGAAGGCCCACACUGAGACCCAAGCCUCUGAACCAUCGUCUACCACAGACAUCCUCUGAGCCAGGCCGACCCUGUUUACUCUUCCAAACCACUUUCAGCUUGCCAUUUCAACCUUCCCAUUUCAAGAUCCUCUGCACACCCACAUAGAGGGAAAACGCUGAAAUAAAGACAUGGCAACACCAUACAGGACAUACUGUGUGUCUUGUAUGGCAGACAGUAGAAGAAGUGAAUAUGCUCUGUUAACGUGGAAUCAUGGGAGCUGACAUCCAAACCUCUGAGACUCUAGCGCCCUGCAAUGUAUGGCCACAUUUUUCUUCCACAUCUUUGUCAACAUGCCCCGCUGGUGUUUAUGGAUAUGCUGCAUCAACCACUCUGUGGAUAAACAACAAAUUGGGCUGAUCAGAUUGAUGAAAACACA